AUGGAAGGGGUGGAAGGGAGGGAGUUGAAGGGACUUGAGGGAGGGAUAGUAGAUGGAUGGAUGUUUAUGAGAGAGAUAGUAUUUGUGUAUGAGAAUUGGAGGGAGGAAUUGAAGUAUAAUCUACUGGAGUAUAUGUUGAUCUGGUACGGAUGA